AUAAUAAGAUGUUACGAGGGCAGAGUAUAUUUCCCUGUGCUGCAUUUUACAGCUCAGCAUUUGACAACUGGGUUUGGGAGGACACAUAAUAAUGGAAGAAAACGGAGUCCGGCUCAAAAAUGUAACCCAGACCGAUGGGGAGGGAAUCUACAACCAGUCUUUUGAAAUAGGGGAGGAGAACACCGCUGACAGCAACAGUGCCAAAAGUCAAUCUAUAAAGGCUAAAAAAGGACUGGGAUCAUAUUUCAGUUAUGUCGCCAAACCGAUCAACGCCACAGAAAGUUAUGUCAAGGCUCACUCUAAAACUCUCAAAUACAUUGUCCUGGGGCUCCUCGGAGCAGGUUAUGUAGCAUACUUCGUUGCAGCGUGCGUCCUGGAUUUCCAGAGGGCCACUGCUCUCGUGGUCCUUACUUGUUUAGCAGUCGCUGCCAAAUCGUUUGAACUCGUCAAGAAGUACAAAGGAAAAAGCAUCAGUCGCUGUUUCAGACCUGCGGUCAUUUGCUUCAAAUCCAACUUGAAAUGGCUCAAGUGGGUCUUUAUUGUAGCAGUUGUGGUCCUGUUUGUGCUGUGGCUCGUCAUAGACACCAGCAAGCGUCCCGAGCAGCUUAUCUCGUUCGGGGGAGUGUGCAUGUUUAUCAUGCUUUUAUUCCUCUUCUCAGCACACAGGGCAAUGAUAUCAUGGAGGCCAGUGUUUUGGGGGUUGGGGUUACAAUUCUGUAUUGGCCUUUUUGUCAUAAGAACACAGCCUGGACUUAUUGCUUUUGACUGGCUUGGAAAACAAGUACAGAUAUUCCUGGACUACACCAAAGAAGGGUCAUCGUUUGUUUUUGGUGACCUGAUUGCUGACAUUUUUGCUUUUCAAGCUUUGCCCAUCGUCGUGUUUUUCAGCAGCGUGAUGUCAGUCCUUUACUUCCUGGGUGCAAUGCAGUGGCUCAUUUUGAAGAUCUCAUGGUUUAUGCAGAUAACAAUUGGAACCUCCCCCACAGAGACCUUGAGUGUGGCAGGCAAUAUAUUUGUCGGGCAGACUGAAGCGCCUCUGCUGAUUCGUCCCUAUUUGAAGGACAUGACCAGAUCAGAGAUCCACGCUGUUCUGACUGGUGGGUUUGCCACCAUAGCAGGCAGUGUCAUGGGGGCAUUCAUCUCAUUUGGGAUUGAUGCAUCAUCCUUGAUAUCAGCCUCUGUGAUGGCUGCCCCGUGUGCUCUGGCCAUUUCCAAGCUGUCGUACCCAGAAACAGAACAAAGUCUCUUCACGUCAGAGAAGAACAUCAAAGUGGCUUGUGGUGACGAGCAGAACAUUCUGGAGGCUGCCAGCAGUGGGGCCUCGGCAUCAAUAGGUCUGGUUGCUAAUAUCGCUGCUAAUUUAAUUGCAUUUCUUGCCAUCUUGGCAUUUAUAAAUCAGGCCUUCAGUUGGCUUGGAGGUAUGGUGGGAUAUCCUGAGAUCACCUUUCAGUUAAUUUGCUCAUACGUGUUCAUGCCCGUGGCCUUCAUGAUGGGGAUACCCUACGAUGAGAGUUUCACUGUGGCUGAGCUUAUCGGGACGAAGCUCUUUCUCAAUGAGUUUGUGGCUUAUCAGAAGUUGUCUGGACUGAAAAGCAACAGGCUAAAUGGACUUGAUGAAGUCAUUGGAGGAGAAAGACAGUGGAUCUCUAUCCGAUCAGAAGUAAUCACAACUUAUGCUCUGUGUGGGUUUGCUAAUUUUAGCUCACUGGGAAUUGUGAUCGGAGGCAUGUCUGCCAUUUGUCCUGUAAGAAGAGGGGACAUCUCAUCUUUGGUGCUGAGAGCAAUGAUCACCGGGACUUGUGUAUCUCUAGUCAAUGCAUGCAUUGCUGGACUCCUCUUUGUUCCUUCACUUGACUGUGUGCAGCUUUUUAAUGUUUCUGCCUUCGAUGCUGCAGAUGGAAACAUUCAAAAAUGCUGUCAAGACCUUUUUAAAAGCACCUUUUACAAUGGAACCAUCUGGUUUGAAGGACCAUGGGGUUCAGUCCCAAAUGUCAACGCGUCUUUCUUUAAAUGUUGUGACUGCUGUGGCCUUUCAGAUGUGCCGGUUUGUAUGUUGUGAUGAGCGGUACGUGCAUUUUGCACGCAAGGGGGUUCAGAGUCUUUACAUCUCUAACAACUAGACAAACUUGAUUUCUGUCCUUUUCUGACUUCCUACUAGAGGGAAAUGACAGAGCAACCAAAAAGUUGUAUUUCUAAGUCAAUUAUUCCAGCGAAAAUACAUUUUAAAGUAAACUGGUAUAGAAUGAAAAGGUGAUGUGCUCUGUUUAAUCUAUUGGGCCAAGUGAAAACUUCAUAAAAGUAUCAGAAAGUUGCUAAAAGAUAUAAACAAUAUAUUUUCUCUUUGGUUUGUUUUUGCAUGAGGCCUAUCUGCUGUUAGACAUUUGUGUAGCUCAUGCAUAUUUUUUUCUUUAAAUGCAUAUGAGAUCUCCCGUGUAUAGUGUUUGAUCAAUCACAUCAAUAACAUCACUUGGUCUGCCUACUUUCACCUGCGCAAUAUUAAUCACCUUCGCCCCUCUCUCACCCCCCACUCUGCUUCCAUACUUGUUCCCACUCUUGUCACCUCAAGAAUCGACUACUGCAAUUCACUCCUAUUUGGUUUACCAUAAAAGUCCAUCCAUAAGCUCCAGCUGGUCCAGAAUUCUGCUGCAUACAUCAUCUCUAAAACCCCUUUGAGUCACCAUAUCAGCCCUAGCUUCACUGGCUUCCUGUUAGACAACGCAUAGAUUUCAAAAUCCUUCUCCUCACAUUUAAAGCUAUCCAUAACCUUUCUCCCACAUACUUGUCUGACCUCAUUCACAUCAUCUCUCCCAUCCCUUCCCUCAGAUCAUAAUCCUCUGUUACUCUCUCUGUCCCACCUUUCCGUCUCAGCUAUAUGGGGAACAGAGCCUUCAGCAGCUCUGCUUCCCGUCUCUGGAAUUCUCUCCCUCAAGCCAUCCGUAACUCUGACUCGCUCUCCUCCUUUAAAUCUAGACUCAAAACCCACCUGUUUCAGACUGCAUGCUGCUAGUGUCACCUUUUCCAUCUUCAUUGAUUUUGUUAUCUAGUUUGUAUUUUUAGGCUUCUGUGUGUGAUUUUAGCUGUUUUUAACUUGGUUUCUUUGUUCCUAUUUUAUUGCUGUUAAGUGCCCUUGUGUCCCUUGAAAGGCACUUUUAAAUAAAAUGCAUUAUUAUUGUUAUUUAAUAAUUUUAUUUAUUCAAAGCCAGUAAAUGACUCACAAUGAAAAAGUACACUUUGAUUAAUGUAAACCACUGAAAUGAAAAUUUUAAGUUUACGAACUAUAAAGAGAAAUCACAUUUAAAAAAAUAAAAGUUAUGCUUGGAUUAGA